CCUGACCCCGCGCAUCGAUGCUGCGGCCGCGCUGCCCGCCCGGGCGCCUCCCUGCGUAGCGGGGCGCGCAGCUCCAUGUAGCCGCCGCCGCCGCCAGCGCCCUGGGGCCGGAGCCGCCUCCUCCCGCCCCCGCGGAGACACCGGCCGUCAGGGACCGCCGAGCCCGGCGGGGGGACAGGGGAGGAGGCAGCGGCGCCCUCCCUCCCCUUCUCCCCCCGAAGCCGCCGCCGCCGCCCUCGGGCUCCGCAGCAGCGCCCGCGGCGCCGCCGCCUCUGCAGGCUGACUCAUCAGUAGAAAUUGUGAAAAGCUGCAGAAAAGAAGCCAAACCGACAAGCUGAUAACUCAAAGAAAUACUCUUUUGAGUUGGGGGUUCAGAGUGGAGUCAUCAUGAGCGAUGUUACCAUUGUGAAGGAAGGCUGGGUACAGAAGAGGGGAGAAUAUAUAAAAAACUGGCGGCCAAGAUAUUUCCUGCUAAAGACAGAUGGCUCUUUCAUAGGCUAUAAGGAGAAACCCCAGGAUGUGGAUCUGCCAUAUCCACUCAACAACUUUUCUGUGGCAAAAUGUCAGCUAAUGAAAACAGAGCGACCAAAGCCAAACACAUUUAUUAUCAGAUGUCUUCAGUGGACCACUGUUAUAGAGAGGACGUUCCACGUAGACACUCCGGAGGAACGGGAAGAAUGGACAGAAGCAAUCCAGGCUGUAGCAGACAGACUUCAGAGACAAGAAGAGGAGAGAAUGAACUGUAGUCCAACUUCACAGAUAGACAAUAUAGGAGAAGAAGAGAUGGAUGCUUCAACAACUCAUCAUAAAAGAAAGACAAUGAAUGAUUUUGACUAUUUAAAACUACUGGGCAAAGGCACGUUUGGCAAAGUUAUCCUGGUCCGAGAGAAGGCUAGUGGCAAAUACUAUGCUAUGAAGAUUUUGAAAAAAGAAGUCAUUAUUGCAAAGGAUGAAGUGGCUCAUACACUCACAGAAAGCAGAGUAUUGAAAAACACCAGACACCCUUUUUUAACAUCCUUGAAAUAUUCCUUCCAGACAAAGGAUCGUUUGUGUUUUGUGAUGGAGUAUGUCAAUGGAGGAGAGCUGUUUUUCCAUUUGUCGAGAGAGCGGGUGUUCUCAGAGGACCGCACACGCUUCUAUGGUGCAGAAAUUGUCUCUGCCCUGGACUAUCUGCAUUCUGGGAAGAUUGUGUAUCGUGAUCUCAAGUUAGAAAAUCUAAUGUUGGAUAAAGAUGGACACAUAAAAAUUACAGAUUUUGGACUUUGCAAAGAAGGAAUCACAGAUGCAGCAACUAUGAAAACAUUCUGUGGUACUCCAGAAUACCUGGCACCCGAGGUAUUAGAAGAUAAUGACUAUGGUCGUGCAGUGGACUGGUGGGGAUUAGGAGUUGUCAUGUAUGAAAUGAUGUGUGGAAGAUUACCGUUCUACAACCAAGAUCAUGAGAAACUAUUUGAACUGAUACUAAUGGAGGACAUAAAAUUUCCUCGAACUCUGUCUGCAGAUGCAAAAUCAUUAUUAUCAGGUCUACUGAUAAAGGAUCCAAAUAAGCGACUUGGUGGAGGCCCAGAUGAUGCAAAAGAAAUCAUGCGUCAUAGUUUCUUUGCUGGAGUAAACUGGCAAGACGUAUAUGAUAAAAAGCUUGUACCUCCUUUUAAACCUCAAGUGACAUCUGAGACAGACACCAGGUAUUUUGAUGAAGAAUUUACAGCUCAGACUAUUACAAUAACGCCGCCUGAAAAAUAUGACGAGGAUGGUAUGGACUGCAUGGACAAUGAGAGGCGGCCGCAUUUCCCCCAGUUUUCCUACUCUGCAAGUGGACGAGAAUAACUUUUUUGUUCUGCUGCUUCACUGUCAUCUUAGGUUUAUCACUGAAAAUGAUUCCUGAACAUCACCACCAGUACUAGAUACUAUUAUGAUAGCAGGGGCACUUUCAGAGACCAUUCCAAAUUGAACAAGUUUCUUUCCCAAACCUACCUAAAAUCCAUUUUGGUUUUGCAUGACAUAUGAGAUUCUUCUCUACUACGCUCUCCUGCUGUUGCUGCUGCCCACAGUCUCAGUAUAAUAGCAACGUCAAGAAGUUACUAACAGUUUCUUUGAAGGUAGAUGACUUGACUUCAGCAUUGUAAACUUUGUGAACAAGUAGUCAUCUAUUUUUCCUCACAGUGGAGGCUAAACAAAAACCGUGUUGGUCCAGCUUAUCUUCUUCCAGAAGACGAAUCAAAAUUGUCAUUAGUCAAAACAGACUAGGCUAUAAAAUUUUCUUGCAUCUGUUUGUGCUGAUUAGAAUGAGGAAACAUAGGGGUGGUGAUGUACAUAUGCAAGGUUUCUGUUAGGCAUAUCAUUACUUGAAGCAGGUCUCUGUCAUUAACAUCUGGCUGGAAUUUGUUUGGGAAAUGUUUGAAAGAAGGACUUAAACUGUUGAUAUAUAUAAAUAUAUAUAUAUUAUUUUUUAAUUACUGUUGGAUACUACAGAAGAAGCAGAAGGGCUGGGCUCGCCCAGCCUGCCACUUAGAACUUCCAGGUUCAUGUGCAAUCAUGGAGAAUCGAACAUUAUACAUGCAAGAAAUGAAGGCAUAAAAGCAGCAUUUGAAGUUGUUCAAGGGGUCUUAUAAUUUGCACCAGAUAACAUCUUUCUCAUGCUUUUCUCUUUCAUGAUAUGCAUCACCUCUGAUGGCUGAAGAAUGUAGACAGGCAUAAUGGUAUUGCUUUUCACCAAAAUGUGUGCACCAAGGUAAACAGGUGUUUGCCUUACUUGUUUUUAUUUUGAGUUUGUGAAUUAGCUUUUUUCUCCAGGUGUUUAACUCUGAAUAUUCUUUUUUGCUUUCCUUUCCUCCCCCCCCCCUUGGUUAUACUGCAUUAGUAUUUAUUUUUAGAGAUAAGGUUUAUAUGUGUCAUGUUUGCAAAUGCUGCUACAUCUUAGAACAGGCUUAUAGCAGUUAAUUUUGUAAUAUAUGGAAGGACUGUACAAGCUGAAGGGAAUAAUGCACUUUUCUCCCAUGUGGAAAUUUUAACAAGGCUCUGAAAUUGUACAUACUGCUUAGAAUCAGAUUUUUGUGAAUGAAAUACUGUCUUUUGACUGUUUGGCAAUGGAGGUGAGGAAUUCCAACCUCAUGAGCCAAAGGGUUAAAAACAAACAGACAAAAAAGCUACAUCUUGUGCUCCAUUUAGGAUAAACGUAAUGUAAGAGCCUGACAGCACAAGAGAAAAUGUCUGUUCUAUAUGAAGGAAUUGCAUUUGAACAAUGAGACCACAGUGAUUACAAGAAAAGCACUUUAUUUUAUUAAUUAAAAUAGUAAAUUUCUGGGAUCAGCCGUUCUCAAGGAAAAUUUGCCCUCAACCAAAAGAGUCCUGAAAUCCAGCAAGUUACAUGUAACAGUGGUACCUGAUUGACUGAAUUUAAAACAUCAUGACAAAUGCUCCACUGAUAGGGAAACGUCUUUCCAUUUCCUAAGAUCUGUGUCUAACAGAACAUGUGCAUAAACUUUAGCGUUGAUCUUCAGCAAUGAUAAUCUUAAUAAUAAACCCUUUGGUGCUAGGAGUUGGGAUGUUACGCAGUGCAGCAUAUUGAGUGCAUGCACCCUUGCUAACAACAUCGGACAACCCCAACUCCAUGGGAUUAUCAUUUGAAGUAUCUCUGCGUUCAGCUCUUGUUAGCUCCCACAAAGACUGUAAUAUUGCUGAGUAUUCCUGGUUGCGUUGUGUGAGUGAGUAGAUGGGUCUGAGAGGAGAGACGUUCUACGCAGAUGCCUUAGCCUCUUGAUGUGGAAAGUUGAGUGCCCAAGCAUGAAGCCCACUGCUGGCAGUGCAUGUGCUGGGAUGGUCAAGGGGUUGAUGGGCAUUUUAGCAAGGCAGCUAAAAAUGCAGAGUAAUUUAGACAAUUUUUCAUGUUUUGUGUUUUAUCUUUAGUAAUGGAUGGAUAAUCAAACAGAAAUAUGUCAUGAUGUAUAUUGUAACUGCAUACAAUGUCAUUAUGUCACCUUGUAACACUAAAGAUGUGUAGAUGUUGUUGUCCCUGUGCAGAGAGAGAGGUGGGCAGCAAAUGCGUUGCAGGUCUGUUCUGCACCGGUGGUGUAGAGGUGUCUACACUGACACAGUGAGCGAGUGACUGAAAUAAUCAAGUACUUAACAGACGGGCAUUAAUUAGUUCUCUGCAAAGGUCUCGGACUUACAGACCGAAACUAUGGUGAUUCAAAAUCUGUGUUACAUGCCUGUGUUUUCUCCCCUGUGUUUUCAGCUUGUAAUAGCAAUAAGUCUCUUGACACAGGGCACCUCUAGCUAACGAUCGACUGCCGUGCCUCUGGCCAGCCGCUCCUUGCGGGCAGAGGACGCCCUGUGGUUUAGCUCACCAUCGCGUAGCUACUUAGUGCGUGGUUUGCAGUAAGUGUCUGUCGGUGAAUUAUUUGAAAACCUUUUAAGACAUCACUUUGCAUUGUGUUUGUCUGCCUUUCGAAAUAUCAGUGAUCAAGUUUGUGCUGCAGAGAGUCAGCAGACACUUCAUGCUGCCUGGGCUUGGGGGAUUCUCUCUUACCAGUGUUAGAAACAGAUGACAGAGGAAUGGACAAGCAGUGCUGAGAGAAACUUUUGAAGCUCUUCUUUUGCUGUCUGCAGUUGUGGUUGGAUUUGGACAGGAGGUGGUGGCUGGUUGUCUUGGUGAGCCUUUUGAGCACAGUACAUUUCAGACUUUGACUCCAGCUUGUACUGACUUCCAUGACAUACAGUAUGCCCUCUUGUACUGCAGCCAUCUCAGAGGAAAUAGGUCAUUUCUGUUUGGAUUUUGGCAGUUUUGCACACAGCUUCGCUUUCCACACUAAUCCAUCUUCCAGUACAUUCCUGUUGCUUAAAGAACAUUUAUUCCAGUAUUGUUUUACAUUUUUUUCCCAUCUUUACUUGUGGCUUCUUAAAGCUGACUGUUCUUGCAGGGGCCAUGUGCUUCUCCUAGAGUACAAAAGUAAGGUCUUUCCUUACUAACUGCAGGGUCUAUAUAUUACACCUCAAUGUACACACUUUGCUGCUACUGUUUGUACUGUCUACAGUAGAAUUUCCUUAUCUUGCUCCUGGUAGUGCAUUACAGGCAAGCAUGAAAUGUAAAGUAUUUAUUUAAAUAAAAACCUCUAAAUUGGUAAUUGAAUUACCUCCCUGUAGCUUUAGAGUUUGUGACAUUUCUUGACCUUGCUAGUUCUUUCAUUAGAUCCAUGCAAGAUCUAGUCAUAUGGUUAAGGAUAUUAAGCAGACACGACUAUGAACCCAAGAAACCGUAUUACUGUUGGUCAUACUUAAACUGUUUAUUUCCUUAAGUAUAUGACCCACAAGGAUGUGAAAUAACUACAAGAAACUGUUUUUGUACACUGUACAUCCUUAGUAUUUUUACACGUAUAUGAUAGGGAUGCACAUUAUUUUCCUUCGUACAGACAGCUUAAAUAAAGCACUAUGUCAAUCUGCUACUUCUGUGUUUUCUAAUGCUAAUUUGUUCUGGAGGUUUGUAAAUAUAUAUAUAUAUGUUCAAGCUUGCCACAAAGGACGUAUUUUUUUAUAUCUGCACAUUACUAUUAAAUAUCUUAGGGGAUAAAAUUCCUAAGUUGUUCCAUGUCAAAGAAAAAAAAAGGAAAUGAGAAAGCUAUAUUGCAGAUUACAAAAGAUUUCUCAAGUUUUGGGUUAAAUAUUUACUUCAUAUUUUAAAGUAAUUUUAUAUAGGUUAGAUGUUUCAAUCCUGAAAUGCACAAAGAAUUUACUUAAUUUCUUCUUACAAGAAAAUGUACAUCGUUAUUUUUUUAUCACUGUAUAUAUAAUGAUCUGUGCAUGUUUAGUUACAAGUUUUAUUUGCUGUGAAGUCCUAGUGAUAACUGUAACUCGCUGUGACAUAUUUCAAAUACUGGGUGAACAGUUUCAGCUUGUAAAUUAUUAAGUUACAGUAUUGUCAAAAAAAAAAGUUUUUAUGACUAAGCAAGAUGUAUUUGUGCUUUGGACUGAGGCUGUUGCCAUACAGGUGGUUCAUGUUAA